AUCCAAACCAUUUGGGCGCUUUCACAAUCCCAUGAACCAGUACCACGUGAAACUGCGUUGCAUCCGCCGCGGCGCGUCCUCCACUACCCUCGCCCUCCUCGGCCUCCUGCGUUCCCGCCACCGCGCGCCAAACUCUCCGGCCAAAACCCUCCCGCGCCGCACCGCAUUACCCCUCCCCGUCCCCGCAUCCGCUCCCCCUUCGCGCGCAUUUCCCCUCCGCCUCUCCCCUCCCCUCUCCUCCCCGCCUUCUAGGGUUUCGAUUCGCCGUCGCCUUCUUCGCCUCCGCCCUCGCUCCGCGCCGCAUAGCCCGCCGAUCAUGUCCUCCUCCGAGGUCGUGAUCCCGAACCCUGAAUCGCUGGAGAAGAAGAAGGGUUCGAUGCGGAACGGUGGUAGGAGCAAGCUCCAGGUCAUCGCCGACUUCGAUGGCACGCUCACGAGGUAUUGGUACAAUGGUAGCCGUGGACAGAGUAGCCAUGGCCUAUUGCAGCAAGGGAACCCAGAGUAUGACGCCAAGAGGGAGGCAUUGUUUGAGUACUAUCAUCCGUUGGAGAUUUCACCCACAAUACCCAUUGAAGAGAAAACAAAGCUCAUGGAGGAGUGGUGGGAGAAAACACAUGGUCUUCUUAUUGAGGGUGGCCUUACUUAUGAUGCCAUUAAGAAAUCUGUUACUGAAGCUACGAUUUCUUUCAGAGAUGGUGUGGUUGAGCUGUUUGAGUUCUUAGAGGAGAGAGACAUCCCUGUUUUAGUAUUUUCUGCUGGUCUAGCAGACAUUAUCGAAGAGGUCUUCAGGCAGAAACUUCAUAGAUCUUUCAAGAACAUCAAGGUUGUAUCCAAUAGGAUGGUGUUCGAUGAAAAUGGCCGUCUUGUAGCCUUUAAAGGGAAAACCAUUCAUGUUCUGAACAAAAACGAGCAUGCCUUGGAUAUGGCUGCUCCUGUUCAUGAUAAAUUUGGGGAUUUAAAUGGUUCGAAUGAUGACACCACUUUGGUGAAGAAGAGGACCAAUGUUAUACUGCUAGGUGAUCAUAUCGGGGACUUGGGCAUGUCUGAUGGCGUGAACUUUGAAAAUCGGAUAGCUGUUGGAUUUCUGAACAGCAAUGUGGAAAAAUCACUUAAAGAUUACUGCAACACAUUCGAUGUUGUGUAUCUGAACGAUGCGUCAAUGUGGGGAGUCGUCGAGCUCGUAUCUGAACUCUGUCCUUUGGAUGACUGAUAUCGUCGUCCUGUUUUGCAUUCUGGCCCUACCAACUUGCUAAUUUACGGUGCAUCAGCGUAAGUUACUUAUAACACAUUGCAAAAGGUUUCUUUUAUUGAAGCUGAUAAUUUUGUUAUUACCUCUAAGAAAUUCCACUCCGCCGCUCGUAGGAUUGUGGAAGCCUUUUGCUCAUUCUAUCAAAUUUAUGUAAUAACUGCACAUAUUACUUGGCAGGAAAUUUAGAAUUUCAGUUCUACACUAAAUCUAGAAUAUUUUGAAGGUCUAGAGCAGCAAUAAAGACUUUUUAAAGCACUCAGCGCUACCGCGAAUCAGGUUUUGUCGUCGCAUUUCUGUAUCAUUUCUAUACUAUGGCUUUGUUUGGGAUUGCUGUGAGGGCGCGCUGUUUAACAAGCCAUUCUUUCUCCUUUUUCCAAAAGAGAAACUCCUCUAUCACAGCUAUUUCAUAUAGAAAUACCAACAUCAGAUUAAUGGU